GUUAGGGAUUUAACAGAUUCUGUAGCUUUCUGUGAACUUCUGAAUCUGCUCCUUAGUUGCAUCUUUUUGGGCCUGAUACUGCCUCUAGUGGCGUGGGGUGGUAACACAGCUACUAUAAUUACAUUACUAAAUCAGAAUACCAUAUAGACUUUAUUAUUUACUAUUAAUUUCGGCAUUACUGGAUGCAUAAAAGAUAGAUUAUCUUAUAAAACACCAUAUUUGUUCAUUUUUUAAGGAAGUAGAGCUAAUUAAAUGGCAUAAACAAGAUCUGAAAGUGAUUCCAGUUUCAUUUGAUGGCCAACCUGUUGAAACUGUGGAAAAUUUUAAAUUCCUUGCGUCAUUCCUGGACAGUCAGCUCAGUUUUGCUGAAAAUACUGGCUAUAUCUUUAAGAACUAUUCUCAGAGACUCUGUCUUUUAAGAAGACCUAGACUGCUUUGUUCUCCAUUUGACCGACAGCAUUAAAAAAAAGUCGGCCAUGUUCUAUUUUUACCUGUCAAAUUCUAAUCAUAUUAACAUCGGCUAUUUAUCAUUUUUAUUCACUAGUUGACCCAUGAAUCCAGAUCCAUCACAUAAAGCAGAUAAAUGCAUCUAACUUUUUCUCCAUAGUAACAAAGCCACUGACUGUGGCCCCAAUAACUUAGAAUAAAUGAAAUUAAACGAUCCAACUUAAAUUAGCAGCACUUCACCUGCCUCUGAACCCUCAGCCUCUCACAUUCCUCCUGGUCGCAUCUGCAGAGAAAUCUGCGCUGGUUCAUCAGUCAGUUGAUCUGCUGAUCAAACCCAUCAGUUGAACUCGGUGAGUUUUUGACCUAACCCUAUCUGGGAGGGAAACGUCUUCAGCUCCAUUUGUUAAAACCGCUGAAUGAGUUCAGUUUAAUUCUUCACAUUGGUUGUGCAGCGCACUGCGCAUGUUACGGUCUAAUGAACUUCUGCACCGUCAUUUAUUUAUUUCCUCAAGAUAAACUCCAGGCUCCUGUUUAGACUAUACAUGGAUUAACACAACGUUUAGUUUUCUCUGUUCUGUAUGUAAUGGAGUCUGGAACUAAAGGCUCCAAAGGUUUUUAAUGCUCUUCCUAACCAGGCGCUCCGGUCUGUAACUCCUCAACACGCCGUCGGCUCUGGUCAGAAAGACGCAUUUAGUUCAGAGUCCAUGAGAUGAUAUUCAGAAAGGAUUUUUUGUAUUGAUUGAUUUUAGUUGCCUCUGCGACGAAAUCUUUGCUUAAAGUCUGUCAUGUCUGCCCAUGUGCACUAAUCAGGGGUGUGAAUUUUAAUCUUUCAAAUGAUGGACGGGCUUCAAAUUUUCCGGUCAUUUAAAAAAAAUAACAGUCAAAUACGGAAAAUAUUCCGUUAACACGACCUCUUAAUGUGUAAAAUGGUGGAUGUGAACCAGUUUAUUAUGGGAUUUUGGAAACCUUGGAAACGGGUUCAGGCUGGAGAGGUUUCAUCUCCAGGAUUGUCAGACAUCUUUGUUUCUGAUCAAGUCGUCCUUUGAUUGGGCGAUCAACGCCUCAUGAUGACUCCCUCCCAGAACCACUGACACUGGGAGACCAACCAGAACCAGCUUUGGGUUUAGUUUGAUCCGUUCUAAUCGUGUUAAAUGCUUAUUUUUAGGACGAUCUUUGCCACAUUCAGCUGGUUUCUGAACAACAUUCCUUCACAGGUUUUUAGUUUUUUUCCUCCUCUCAGCAGUUUUCUAAUCCAAUCUGAACCAACCAAACAGAAACUAUAAACUGUUCCUUGGGUCGCGACCAGCAGGAGGUUAAAGGUCAGAUUAUCUAAAGUUCUGCCUCAUUAAAGAACCUCCAAAGACCCGGAUCUGUCCAGACCGACAUGGAAAAAGUUCUGCUGGAGUUCUGCUCUCCGGUUUUCCUUUUGCUCCAGAUUCCAGCCUGGAAAAAAACAAAAGCAGAGAAAAUGAGAACCAGACGGAGGGAGGAGGGGAUCCGGAUCAGAUGUCUGGGAGGAGGAGGAGUUCUGGUCCGGCUCGGCUGUUUGGGUCGCAGUCUGGAACUGCGCAGAGACGACCCAGCUGCUGUCUGGAGGAAACCCACAACUUUCUGAGGAGCUGGAGGCUUGGAGGAGGAGCAGAACCGGAACCAGGAGCAGAACCAGAACCAGGACCAAGUCGGACCUUCUGGGGGAGCAGAGCUGGGUCAAAACAGGCGGCAAAACUCCUCCAGGUGUCCUCUGAUCCAAGCAUCCGGGUCGGGUUGGGGGGGGGGUAAACCGGAUCCAGUCAGCUGAGCUGAGUACCGUUUCCAUGGCGACUGAAAUGGAGUCCAGGAUGGCGGGAGCAGUGAACUUCCUGUAAGAGUGACAGAGAGACAGAGGGAUGAAGGAGAGAGAGACCAGAACCAGCCAGAACCAGAACCACCUGAAGCUGGACUUUGGGUCUGAAUGGGGUCCAGUGUGAGCCCGGUUUCUGCUGUAGAGAACCAGAACCUUUCUGAGACCCAGAAGAUGAUCUGAGACUCAGUGACCUUUGACCUUGGCAUGCAGCUGAACCAACCCCGCAGGCUGACCCCCACUUCCUUCUCCACCCGGUUCAGCACCAUGAGGUUCUCCUACCACCUCCACAGCGCCCCCCGCAGGACAGGCCCCGCCUCCUCCACCAGCCCCACCCUGCUGGCUAAGAGCCUCUCUCUGGAGCCGUCCUGCUCUCCAUGUGGCCACCAGGGGGCGCUGGACGCUGACGCUCCCCUGCAGCCCGACUUGGACCCGGGGUCAGAGGAAGGGGCAGAGCCAGCGGAGAGCGGCGGGUCCGUGAAUGACACGGGGCCACCAGAGCUGCCAGUGACCAUGGUAACGGCGCCAAACCGGACCCGCCCGCCGCUGCCGGGGCCUAAACCUCAGGUUCCCCCCAAACCCCCCCACCUGCAGCAGCAAGCUGGAGCAAUGAGGCCACGCCCCCGAGUCCCGGAGAAGUCCCUCCCACCGCCGCCCCCCUGCAGGCCCCUCCCUGCUGACCCCCGGGGGGGCUGGACCCCCCCCAGCCAGGCCGACGGCACCGCCUCCCCCACCUGCGUCCUGUCGCUCAUCGAGAAGUUUGAGCGCGAGCAGAUCAUCGUGGUGCCGGACAUCACCGGGGGGGCUCUGUGCCCCCGCCCACUGGACCCUCCCUCCCCCCAAUCUUCAUCACCUCCAUCCUCUGCCUCGCCUGUCCCCCCUCAACCCGGGGGGGCGGAGCCACCCAGUGACCUCACGGAGCAGGAUGACAUCACACAAGGGGCUGAGCUAUGUGAUGAAGAUGAAGAUGAUGAGGAGGAGGAGGAGGAUGAAGAGCUAGCGGCGGCCUGUCGGGACGACGUCCAUCACAAACGUCUGUCCAUGGAGUCGGGUUACAGCGCCUCAGACAAACCGCUGGAGGAGGAGGUGGUUACCGUGGAAACGGAGGAGCAGCAGCCCCCGCAGCCUCCAGACCAAUCGGAGCUGCCCUCUGAGCGUCUGUCCCUCCCCUCCUCGCAGACGGACGGGAAGUUGGCCAAUCGGGACAGCGGCAUUGACAGCAUCAGCUCGCCGUCGCACAGCGAGGAGCUCUGCUUCGCCGGCGUGGACGACGGGGGCGUGGCCUAUCCCUGCAGUCCCGCCCUGCUGCCCCGCCUCUCCAGCUCCUCGUCCACCGCCGGGGAGGUGGGAGAGGGGGAGGAGCCCCGGGGGGGGGCGAGGAGGAGGGAUUUCUCUGAGGAAGGGGACAGCGACCUGGAGGAGGAGGCGGAGCUAACGCUGGUUUUGGCCCCACCCAAACCGGACCGGCAGGAAUCCGUGGAGCUGUCCGUCCAUCAGCGGGUUUUCAACAUUGCCAACGAGCUUCUCCUCACCGAGACCGCCUACGUGUCCAAGCUCCACCUUUUGGACCAGGUGUUCUGCGCCCGCCUACUGGAGGAGGCGCGCUGCCGCUCCUCGUUCCCCUGCGACGUGGUUCAGGGAAUCUUCUCCAACAUUUGCUCCAUCUACUGCUUCCACCAGCAGUUCCUGCUGCCGGCGCUGCAGAAACGCAUGGAGGAGUGGGACUCCAACUCGCGGAUCGGCGACAUCCUGCAGAAGCUGGCUCCCUUCCUUAAGAUGUAUGGAGAGUAUGUGAAGAAUUUUGACCGAGCCAUGGAGCUGGUGAACAUCUGGAUGGAGAGGUCCGCUCCGUUCAAGGCCAUCGUCCAGGAGAUCCAGAGGGAGGAGCGCUGUGGGAACCUGACGCUGCAGCACCACAUGCUGGAGCCGGUGCAGAGGAUACCCCGCUACGAGCUGCUGCUCAAGGAUUACCUGAACCGCCUCCCAGAGGACGCCCCGGACCACCGGGAUGCCCAGAAGUCUCUGGAGCUGAUCGCCACGGCCGCAGAACACUCCAAUGCCGCCAUUAGGAAGAUGGAGCGAAUGAGGAAGCUGCUGAAAGUUUAUGAGCUUCUGGGCGGAGAGGAAGACAUCGUCAACCCGACCAAUGAACUCAUCAAGGAGGGACACAUCCUCAAGCUGUCCAAUAAGAAUGGAACCACGCAGGACCGAUACCUGAUCCUGUUCAACGACCGGCUGCUGUACUGCGUCCCCAAGCUGCGCCUGAUUGGUCAGAAGUACAGCGUCCGCGCUCGCAUCGACGUGGACGGCAUGGAGCUUAAGGAGACCAGCAGCGUCGCUGUUCCCAGCAGAACCUUCCUGGUGUCUGGAAAACAGAGAUCUCUGGAGCUGCAGGCCAGAACGGAGGAAGAGAAGAAGGACUGGAUCCAGGCCAUCCAGGCCACCAUCCAGCGCCAUGAACAGACCAUGGAGAGCUUCAGACACCUCACCUGUUCUCUGCGAGACGACGAGUCCACGCCGCCCCACUCCCCGAGUUGCGUGGAGUUGGGAAAACGAGCGCCGACUCCGAUCCGGGAGAAGGAAGUGACUCUGUGCAUGAAGUGCCAGGAGCCGUUCAACUCCAUCACCAAGAGACGCCACCACUGCAAAGCCUGCGGACACGUGGUUUGUGGCAAAUGCUCGGAGUUUCGCGCUCGCUUGUCGUACGACAACAACCGGACCAACCGCGUCUGCGUGGAUUGCUACGUGACGCUGGUGGGGGCGUCGCCAACGCCGGGGGCUAUGAGCAGCAGCAGCCAGAGGAGGCGCUCCAUCCUGGAGAAACAGGCCUCGCUGGCCGCAGAGAACAGUGUGAUUUGUAGUUUUCUACACCACAUGGAGAAGGGCGGGGGGCGGGGCUGGCAGAAGGCGUGGUUCGUCAUCCCGGAGAACGAGCCGCUGGUGCUCUACGUCUACGGCGCUCCGCAGGAUGUGAAGGCGCAGCGCAGCAUCCCUCUGAUUGGCUUCGAGGUCUCGCCGCCCGAGUCAUGUGACCGCCUGGAGCGACGCCACGCUUUCAAGAUCUCUCAGAGUCACCUGACUCUCUACUUCAGCGCCGAGGGGGAGGAGCUACAGCGCAGGUGGAUGGAUGUCCUGUCCAGGGCCGGCAGGGGGGAGGAGCCUCUCAUCCAUCUGCCAAUCGUGGAGAGCGUGGAGGAAGAAGGGGAGGAGCUUGAUGGCGAGGCGGAAGGAGAGAACACCUGAUUUCACUGGAGUGAAGACGAAGAUGAGGCUGAAUCUGGAAAACCUGUCCUGGUCGGACCGAAGAAAAAACAGAGCCAGAACCAAACCCAAGUUAAUCCAGAACCAAACCAGAGUUAAUCCAGAACUAAGUUCCCAAACAUAGAAAUAUUCUAUAAUUUACCCAAAACCAAACCACAACUCACCUACCACAAACCCAGAAACAAAACAGGAGAAAUCUCUGGACAAUUCACAUUUCAUCCAAAAUAAAUCCAUAAAUCAUCUGGAAGUAAUAAACACAGAAUUUUUACAGAAACAAAAAGUGAAAAUCAGAACCAGAACAAAUCUAGAACCUUUCAGAACAACCUGAACACAAACCAACCAGCAGCCAAUCCAGAAACACGAAUCUGAUGC